AGAUUAGUUUUGUUGGAGAUUAAACACCUGGGAGAGGAAAAUGACAUCGAUUAUCAAGUUGACUACACUUUCAGGAGUGCAAGAAGAAUCUGCCCUUUGCUAUCUGUUGCAAGUAGAUGAAUUUCGUUUUCUUUUGGACUGUGGCUGGGAUGAAAACUUUUCUAUGGAUAUUAUUGAUUCUCUAAAAAAACAUGUACACCAAGUUGAUGCUGUUCUUCUUUCUCAUCCUGACCCUCUACACCUUGGUGCGCUUCCAUAUGCAGUUGGAAAAAUGGGGUUGAAUUGUGCCAUUUAUGCAACUAUUCCUGUUUAUAAAAUGGGGCAGAUGUUCAUGUAUGAUCUCUACCAGUCCCGCCAUAAUACCGAAGAUUUCACACUCUUUACAUUGGAUGAUGUAGAUGCAGCCUUUGAUAAGAUACAACAGCUGAAGUUUUCUCAGAUUGUGAACUUGAAAGGCAAAGGACAUGGUUUGUCAAUCACGCCAUUGCCAGCUGGACACAUGAUAGGAGGCACAAUCUGGAAGAUUGUCAAGGAUGGAGAGGAAGAAAUUGUUUAUGCAGUUGAUUUCAACCACAAGAGGGAGAUUCAUCUGAAUGGAUGUUCCUUGGAAAUGUUGAGCAGGCCUUCAUUGCUUAUUACAGAUUCAUUUAAUGCUACUUAUGUACAACCCAGGAGGAAGCAAAGGGAUGAACAGCUACUGACUAAUGUUUUGGAGACAUUGCGAGGUGAUGGGAAUGUGUUAAUAGCGGUGGAUACAGCAGGCAGAGUUCUGGAGCUUGCUCAACUCCUUGAUCAGAUCUGGAGAACGAAGGAUGCAGGAUUAGGAGUCUACUCCCUGGCACUUCUGAAUAAUGUCAGCUACAAUGUAGUGGAGUUUUCUAAAUCACAGGUUGAAUGGAUGAGUGACAAGUUGAUGAGGUGCUUUGAAGACAAGAGAAACAACCCUUUUCAGUUCCGCCAUCUCUCCUUAUGUCAUAGUCUGUCUGAUCUGGCACGAGUGCCGAGUCCAAAAGUUGUUCUUGCCAGUCAGCCUGACUUAGAGUGUGGGUUUUCUAGAGAUCUUUUCAUUCAGUGGUGCCAGGAUUCCAAAAACUCUAUAAUUUUAACUUACCGCACUACACCUGGAACAUUAGCACGAUUCCUGAUUGAUAAUCCUUCUGAGAAAAUUAUAGAUAUUGAGUUGAGGAAACGUGUCAAGUUGGAAGGAAAAGAACUUGAAGAAUACCUAGAGAAGGAGAAACUAAAGAAAGAAGCAGCUAAGAAGUUAGAACAAUCUAAAGAGGCAGAUAUCGAUUCUAGCGAUGAGAGUGAUGCUGAAGAGGAUAUUGAUCAGCCAACUGUACAUAAGACUAAACAUGAUUUGAUGAUGAAAGGUGAAGGUAGCCGGAAAGGAAGCUUCUUCAAGCAGGCAAAGAAGUCUUAUCCAAUGUUUCCAGCCCCUGAAGAAAGAAUUAAAUGGGAUGAAUAUGGCGAGAUUAUCAAACCUGAGGAUUUUCUAGUUCCAGAACUUCAAGCAACAGAAGAAGAAAAAAGCAAAUUAGAAUCUGGUUUGACAAAUGGAGAAGAGCCUAUGGACCAGGAUUUAUCAGAUGUUCCUACCAAAUGUAUUUCUGCUACAGAAUCUAUGGAAAUUAAAGCCAGAGUUACAUAUAUUGACUAUGAAGGACGCUCAGAUGGCGACUCAAUUAAAAAAAUUAUUAACCAAAUGAAACCAAGACAACUGAUCAUUGUCCAUGGACCACCUGAGGCCAGUCAGGACCUUGCAGAAUGUUGCAGAGCUUUUGGUGGAAAAGAUAUUAAAGUUUAUAUGCCAAAACUACAUGAAACUGUAGAUGCAACCAGUGAAACUCACAUUUACCAGGUCAGAUUAAAAGAUUCUCUUGUCAGCUCCCUUCAGUUCUGUAAAGCCAAGGAUGCUGAGUUGGCUUGGAUAGAUGGUGUUCUGGACAUGCGCGUUUCAAAAGUGGAUACUGGAGUUAUUUUGGAAGAAGGGGAGCUGAGGGAAGAUGAAGACUUGGAGAUGCAAGUGGAUGUGCCUUCUUCAGAUUCUAGUGUCAUUGCACAACAGAAGGCCAUGAAAAGCCUCUUUGGUGAUGAUGACAAGGAGAUGUGUGAGGAGAGUGAGAUCAUUCCUACUUUGGAACCUCUGCCACCCCAUGAGGUUCUUGGACAUCAGUCUGUGUUUAUGAAUGAGCCAAGGCUGUCUGACUUCAAGCAAGUUCUCUUGCGAGAAGGUAUUCAAGCUGAAUUUGUAGGAGGAGUGCUUGUGUGCAACAACCUGGUGGCUGUUCGUAGGACUGAAACAGGACGCAUUGGAUUGGAAGGCUGUCUCUGUCAAGACUUCUAUAGGAUAAGAGACCUUUUAUACGAGCAAUACGCUAUUGUCUAAGGAAAGUGCUGCGAAGAUGGUUUUUACUUGAACUUUUAAAGACAGUGGGGGACUUCUCCCAGUGUUGACUUUUUGUAGUUUUCUAAUUUAUACAGGUGAAACCUAAUUACUAAAGAACAAUUAACUACCCUGAACAUGUAAAUAACUGCUACUUGUCAUUCUUCAUAAAUCUGUUGGUACAUUCCAUGUUGUUGACUUUUAAACUGUUGCUGUCUCACACAUAAGAUGCUGUAAAUGAGUUUAUGAUUGAGUCCUUCUCAGGAAAGGUUCAAAUUGUCGGAAUGUGUUUUGGUUUCAUAGAUUCCCUGCCAAAGAAUACAAAAUACAGCAAAGUCGUUCUUCUGUCCUAAAAUAAGAUUAGAUGGGGA